AUGGCGGCGGAGGUGAGCGCCCGGCCCGGCCCCUCUCCUGCGGGGUGGGGGUCCGGAGGCCGCCGCCCGCCCCGCCCUGGCCGAGCCCCGCAGCCCCAGCGGGGCGGGCAACAGCCCCAAAGGCCGGUGUCCGCCGGGGAGGGGAACCGGUGCCGGGCCGCAGCUCCGUCGGCGGCGUGUUUGCCUGGGGCAUUUGCAAGUGAGAUGCAGAGAAUAGCUGGAGGAGCUCGGGUGACACUUAAUGUUUUAUUGCGGCACGGGGAAGGGAGACAGUAUUUCACUGAGGGCAACGUGCUGAGUGGAGCAGCAACACCCUGGCACCAAGCCUCUAACUGCAAAGUGAAUGGAUAUGCUGGAGCACUGAAUGAAAACAGGAUGAGAGCAGUGGUGACAGGAGGCGGAGGCUAUGUUGGAUGCAAGCUGGGAUGUACCCUUGCCAGGCGAGGAGCUUCUGUUGUUCUGUAUGACAUACAAAAGCCUAUCUGGGAAAUCCCCAGUGGAGUAGUGUUUAUCCAGGCAGAUGUCAGGGACUAUGAUGCCCUAUUUGGAGCCUUUGAAGGGGCUGACUGUGUGUUUCAUAUAGCAUCAUAUGGAAUGUCAGGAAGAGAGCAAUUGCACAGAGAAGAGAUUGAAACUAUAAAUAUCCAUGGAACAAGAUUCAUCAUCAAUGCCUGCAAGCAAAGGAACAUUGCUAGACUGGUAUACACCAGUACAGUAAAUGUGGUGUUCGGAGGGCUUCCCAUUGAAGAUGGUGAUGAGGAAACUGUGCCAUAUUUUCCAACUGAAAAGCAUGUUGAUCAUUAUUCCAGAACCAAAUCAAUUGCAGAACAAAUGGUACUAGCAGCUAAUGGAACUCCACUGGCAGGAGGUGGAAUACUCUAUACAUGUGCCCUUCGCCCACCAGGAAUCUAUGGACCAGAAGAGCAAAGACACUUGCCAAGGCUAGCAAAGAAUAUCAAGAGAGGGCUACUUAACUUUAGGUUUGGGGAUCCUUCUGCUAAAAUGAACUGGGUGCAUGCAGAGAAUCUCAUACAAGCUCAAAUUCUAGCUGCUGAUGCUCUCACUCCUGGGAAGAACUACAUCGCUUUUGAAAGAUUAGGCUGCAGUACACCAUGGAUACGUAUUCCUACUUCCUUAGUUUAUGCAUCAGCUUUGGUAAUGGAAUACCUUUAUCUGCUACUGAAACCCUGUGUUGAACUGUCCCCACUGCUGACCAGAAAUGAGGUACUCAACAUUUCUACAACUCACACGUUUCGGAUAGACAAGGCACAGACUCAGCUGGGGUACAGCCCAGAGAAGUUCACCUUUGCUGAUUCUGUGGACCAUUACCUUAAAACCAGACCAGAAGCUCAGAAUCAUCACAUUUUCUUCAAAGUUUUGCUUUCUUUACUUGUUAGUUUAAGCUUGAUCUUCUUCUCUUUGAGGUUUGAUGGCCUUUCAGUUUUGCAUUUUUUUAAAGAAACUCAACACUGACUUGCACAAACUGCAUGAACUUGCUUCCCACAUCGUUCUGAACUGCACAAGUUACUGGCCCCAAUGCAAUAAACAGGCAGUUAUUUUCAGAUUUAAACCCAGUAACAAGUAGUUGUACUUGAGAAAUUAAACUACAGUGAACAAUUACAGCCAAGUCACUGAAACACAGUCAAGACUGUUGCCCCUGUUUAUUUAACACCAAAACCCCUCAACUUUCCAAGCUGAUUGCUGAAGUGAAUGAGAACCUGCAGGAAGAACAAGAGCUACAGUCAGCCUAUAGUGCUUCAGUGCUGAAGAAACACACCUAAAAUAAGGAGAAAGACUGACCAUGGCUGCUGCUGUGCCUCACUACAUUGGGGAACUAUGAACAAGCAAAGGGACUGACAGAACAGAUUACUGUAAAUACGAGCCGUACAGAGAGUUCAGUGUGAAGUUCCUUUGUGAAUUAGCUGUACCACUGCAUAUGAGGACAA